AUGAACGUCAAUAGAAGUCAAGAAGAGAAUUCAGAAAAUAAUCAUACUCCAUCGUUACCUAAACUCACGCACGAUGGAGCAUCUACCCUCAGUGAGGAGUCUACGACCUUGCAAAAGAGAGGUAUCGUAGCUUCAAGUAGGGUACUAUCGGUCAUCACCAGGAAAGAUAUCCAUGUGGCUUACGCAGCGUAUACCCUGUUGGCCCUUGGAAUAGCCUUUGCUCAAUAUACCCAAUCUACAUUUACCGCUUAUGCUACCAGUGCUUUCAAGAGUCAUUCCGAACUCGCUGCAGCCGGUGUGGUCUCGAGGGUGUUCUCCAUUUAUGCAAUGAUGGCUGGCUGUAAAAACGUACAAACCUAUGUCGGAGCAAACGUUUUCAGCGGUCUCGGUUCGACCUCAUACGAGAUUGCUAUUCAAAUUUACAUUGCCGAAACUACUCCGAUUGUCAGCAGAGCACUUUGGAAUGUCGCUGCUGAUUCCUUCAGUGCUAUUGUAACGAUGUAUUCCGGUGCUGAGAUCGGUGGACAUAUAUUGGAUAAUUGGGGUACUGCCAGUGGAUGGAGAUGGGGUUACGGAAUGUGGGCAAUCAUCAACGCCGUGUUGGCAGUACCCUUCAUCAGCAUUCUUGUAUCCUGGCAAGGGCGAGUAAGGAAGAAUCCAGCUGCGGAACCCCUACCACCUCGAACCAGCUUAUACAAUCAGAUGUUCCACGAAUACGAUAUCGUCGGAGUCUGUCUACUGGUAGCUAGUGUCGCUUUGAUCUUGGUACCCCUUACUUUGGCCAAGGGUCUGGCUGCCAAAUGGACAAAUCAAAAUAUCGCUAUGAUCUGCGUAGGCUUCGGAUUGUUAUUACUUUUCAUCGGCUGGUCAUUACCUAAACGAUUCCGACCUUCGUGGCUCUUGACUCCCAAAUUACCACUCAUCCCAUGGUACACCUUGAAAGACCGAAGUGUGUUAGCAAUGUUCAUUAUCAACAUGUGCGAUUUCAUGUCCUACGGAUGUUUCACGACAUAUUUCCAGAGUUUCCAACAAGUUGCCGUAAGAGUGUCCGCGGCCAAAGCUUCACAGAUUGAUAACACACUUCGAAUCGUUUUCCAAGUGACGGCGAUAGUCGUGGGCUUGGUCAUGCGAUUCUGGACACCGAUCUGCAGGAAAGUAGGCUUUGGAGAGAGAAGGUUCCAUACCAAAUGGCCGAUCUGGAUUGGUAUUCCCCUAUGUGCGCUCGGUAUCGGAAUCGAUAUCAACUUUGUUCAGAACCCAAGAAGAUCCAGUUCGAUCGCUUCUUUCGUUGUAGCCAAAGCUAUUUAUGGUAUUGGUCGAGGGAUGUUCCAAACUUCUUCGCAAGUUGCCAUUCAAGCUGCGGUCAGACGGGGAGAAUUGGCUAUGGCAACUGGUAUCUUCUACUUUGCCAUGUCUCUUGGAGGUGCCAUCGGUGUAGCCGUCGCUGGAUCAGUAUGGUCCGAGACUCUUCCCGAUACACUUAGUAACAACCUACCUGAAGCGUCCAAGAACCUUGCUCAGACUAUCUACGAUAACAUUGCUACCGCGAUCAAGUAUGAUCCUAAUUCAGAAAUUGGUUUGGCCAUUCUUAAGUCAUACGUUCACACCAUGAAAAUCCUUGCUAUAGUCGCAACCUGCCUUCAAGUACCCAUGCUGAUUGGGAUGUUCUUCGUCAAGGAUAUAGUGUUGACCGAGGAAGAGGAAGUUGCCCAUGCCGGGAAGAGGUUGGGUCUCGACAAGAAGAAGCGAUCUGAUCAGGACCGUAUGCUCGAAAAGGGUGAAAGAGAGGAAGAGAAGAUUAGUGCUUAG